AUGUCAUUGCAAAAUGGGGAGCAAUCCAAAGAAAUGCUAAAUUCUGAAGCUCACAUAUGGAACCACGUUUUUAGCUUUGUGAAUUCCAUGUCACUCAAAUGCGCAAUUGAACUCCAAAUACCUGAUAUCAUUGAUGGUCAUGGUGCACCAAUGUUGCUAUCCGAGUUAGUCGAAGCCCUCCCCAUCAACAAAGAGAGAACCACUUUUGUCUAUCGACUUAUGUGCAUCCUUGUCCACUCUGGUUUUUUCGUGAAACAAAGUCUAUCCACAACUACAGGCAAUGAUGAAGAGGAGGAAACAGAAGGCUAUUUGCUAACUCCUGCUUCUCGACUCAUUCUCAAGGAAGAACCAUUUAGCAUUAGGCCCCUUUUGCUGUUCAUGUUAGAUCCAAUACUGAUGGAUCCAUGGCAAAACAUGAGUAAAUGGUUCCAGAACAAAGACAUAACCCCCUUUCACACAACCCACGGGAAGUCGAUGUGGGAUUUAGCAAGCCAGGAGCCGAAAGUUAACCAAUUCAUCAAUGAAACAAUGGCUAUUGUUGAUGUUGGGGGUGGUACUGGAACCAUUGCUAAAGCCAUUGCCAAAGCUUUUCCAAAUAUCAGUUGCAUUAGUUUUGAUCUUCCGCACGUUGUCAAUGGUUUGGAGGGAAGUAAGAAUAUGAGUUACGUUUGUGGGGACAUGUUUGAAGCAAUUCCUAAAGCUGAUGCGGUUUUCUUGAAGUGGAUACUACAUGAUUGGAAUGAUGAAGAAUGCAUAAAGAUAUUGAAACGAUGCAAAGAGGCCAUACCGAGCAAGGAAUAUGGAGGAAAAGUGAUCAUUGUAGAUAUGGUGUUGAAAAACGAAGAAGCAGGUGAGAAAUCGUUAGAGACUCAGCUUUUCUUCGAUAUGCUUAUGAUGGUCAAUGCGACAGGAAGGGAGAGGAGUGAAAAAGAUUGGUCAAAGCUCUUCUUUGAUGCUUGUUUUAGCCAUUAUAAAAUAACUCCGAUUUUGGGAUUAAGGUCUAUCAUAGAAGUGUAUCCCUAG